AUGAUGGAACCCUCUGGCGCAGACAAGGGCUUCUUUCAGCAACCACCCGUCCUCGACAAUCAUUUCUAUGAUGAGACGUAUCAACGGUGCUUCACGCUAUUUCUUCCCGACCACGUACGGUCUGCUGUAGAAAGCGAGGUGGCUUCUCUUGGCCGGGAUGUCAUCUCCGACCGUGUGUUCGCCUGGAUCACCGAUGCUGAGCUCAACAAGCCGUACCUCAAGGGCUCGGGACGUCAGGCGUUCGGGCAGUGGUCCGGAGAGCUCAUCACGGGACAAGGUUGGCGGGAGCUGCAAAAGUUCGGCAUCGAAAAGGGCUUCAUCGCGACGGGGUACGACACCGAUCUUGGUCGAUCUGCACGCUCUCUCCAGUUCCUCCGUCUGCAUCUGUGGGAGCCGUCCUGCGCCAACGUCACCUGUCCAUCGGCCAUGCAGGACGGGGCCGCCCGUCUUCUCCAGCUCCAUCUCACCACACCCAGCCGUGCAUCGCGACUUACACCCGAGCAGCGCGAAGCCUUCGACAGCGCCUACCGGCGCCUGACGUCUCGAGACCCAGAGGUGGCGUGGACUAGCGGGCAGUGGAUGACGGAGAGGACGGGGGGCAGCGACGUCUCGCUCACCGAGACCACGGCCAGGCACAUGCCAGACCAGACCUCGGGCCUCGGUCCCUGGAGCAUCAGCGGCUUCAAGUGGUUCUCCUCGGCCACCGACUCCGACAUGACGGUGCUCCUGGCUCGAACUGCCGAGGGUCGCCUCUCCACGUUUAUGGCGCCGAUGCGCGUACCCGAUCCCCAGGCGGUGACGGCCACCGGGCUGGAGAAGGCCGACGGCACAUGUCUCAACGGUGUCCGCAUCCAGCGUCUCAAGAACAAGGUGGGGACUCGGUCCCUCCCCACGGCUGAGCUGGUCCUCGACGGUAUGAGGGCCUGGAUGGUCGGCGAGGAGGGCCGUGGCAUCCACGAAAUCAGCACCAUCCUAAGCAUCACGAGGAUCCACUCAGCCGUCACGGCCGUCGGCUACGCCUCGAGAGGGAUCGACAUCGCAAAGGCAUUUGCCCAGGUUCGUGAGAUUGGCACGGGGAGGCGCGGCAGGGCCCGGCUAGACCAGAGCCCGCUGCACAUGCGCACGCUGUCCGGGAUGGUGGUCGAGCACCGAGGCCUCAUGCUUCUCACCUUCCUCACCUCGCACGUCUUGGGGGUCUCGGAGCAUCCCGAUGCGGGGCACGAGGCCACGGUCGGCGACAGAUGGGCGGCAUCUGCGUCUACCGCCUUAUCCGUGCUCACGCCAGACGACGCAGGACAGGCCGCGGCGCUCCUUCGGGUGCUCACGCCCAUCACGAAGGCGUACGUGUGCAGGAAUGCACUGUCCAUCGUCUUCGGCUGCAUGGAGUCUCUCGGCGGAGUCGGCUACCUCGACAACUCUGAUCAGGAAUACCUCAACAUCUCGCGCAUCUGGAGGGACUGCGCCGUCCUCCCCAUAUGGGAAGGGACCACGGAUGUCCUCAGCACGGAUCUCGUACGGGCCCUGAAGCACCCCGCAGCGGGGAAGGAUUCUCUCGAUGCCCUGGAGGAGAUCAUCACGAAUGCGCAUUCAUUUUCCCAGAGCCAAUCCCAGGGCUCCCACGAUGAUGACAGCACCAGGGGUGCCUGGGACCCGGUCCGCGAGUGGCGCGCUGUGCGGGACCGCAUCACCACCACCAGCCAGGCGGAUCUGACAGGCCAGGCGAGAGAUGUGCUCUGGGACGUGGCACAGAUCCUCAUAGCCGUGUUGCUUGAUCUGGACGCCAGCCGCGACGGGAAUAGCAUUUCCCGGGACGUGUUUACGCGUUCUGUCCAGAGCAAGUUUGGGGUCCAGGUCCGACAGACUCCGUCUUCCUCUGUUCCUGCCGACUUGCUCCGGAGGGACUGGGAAAUCGUCUACGGACGAGGACACGCCAAUCUGUCAAGCACACCCGCCAGACUGUAA